UCUGAUCUUUUUUAUUAAAAAAAAUGUUAGAAUGCGUUUGUGUCGCGUGUAUACUAUUUCUAUCAUUGUUUCAUAGUCUCACAGAAAAUUUAGUGCCCCUCGACAUGGGUCAAUGGGAUUUUACCCAAAGAAGAGAUCCCAGAGACACCGUGGAAAAGUAAAGGCUUUCCCUAAGGAUGAUUCUAGCAAACCAGUGCAUUUAACUGCUUUUGUUGGUUAUAAAGCUGGUAUGACUCAUAUCGUAAGAGAAGCGGAUCGUCAAGGAUCAAAGAUUAACAAGAAAGAGAUUGUGGAGGCAGUUACUAUCCUUGAAACACCACCAAUGAUUGUGGUUGGUCUUGUUGGAUACAUUAAUACUCCGCAUGGCCUUCGAGCGCUUUCCACUGUUUGGGCGGAACAUUUGUCGGAGGAUUGCCGCAGACGUUUCUAUAAGAAUUGGUACAAGAGCAAGAAGAAGGCGUUCACCAAAACGUCGAAGAAAUGGCAGGACGAUCUCGGCCGCAAGUCCAUCGAGGCGGAUCUGAAGAAGAUUCAGAAGUAUUGUAGCGUUGUUCGCAUCAUCGCUCAUACUCAGAUGAAGCUGUUGAGACAGCGUCAAAAGAAAGCUCACAUCAUGGAGAUUCAGUUGAAUGGCGGCACUAUCGAGGACAAAGUGCAGUGGACUCGCGAACAUCUGGAGAAACCCGUGCCUGUUAGCAGCGUGUUCGCUCGCGACGAAAUGAUCGACGUAAUCGGAGUUACUAAGGGCAAGGGCUACAAAGGCGUAACGUCCAGGUGGCACACAAAGAAAUUGCCGCGCAAAACCCACAAGGGCUUGAGGAAGGUCGCUUGUAUCGGUGCGUGGCAUCCUAGCCGCGUGUCGUUCACUGUCGCCCGCGCCGGUCAGAAGGGAUAUCACCAUCGUACCGAGAUGAACAAGAAGAUCUACAGGAUCGGCCAAGGCAUUCAUACCAAGGACGGCAAGAUCGUGAAGAACAACGCUUCGACAGAGUACGAUCUCACCGAGAAGACGAUCACGCCCAUGGGUGGUUUCCCGCACUACGGUGAAGUGAACAAUGACUUCAUCAUGAUCAAGGGAUGUUGUAUGGGUCCGAAGAAACGCGUGAUUACGCUAAGGAAGUCUUUGUUGGUGCACACCAAGAGGUCUGCGUUGGAGAAGAUCAACCUGAAGUUCAUUGAUACCAGCUCCAAGUUCGGACACGGCCGUUUCCAAACCGCCGCGGACAAGGCCUCCUUCAUGGGACAACUCAAGAAAGAUCGUAUCCGCGAGGAACAGGCGCAAGCCUCCAGUUCUGCGCCGAGCGCUGCCGCGGCGCAAUAGGAUCGUCCUGUUCUGUAUUCGGCACGAUCUUUGAGAGAAAAAUAAAUUUCAGACGAAGUCAAUUUUCUCCGA